UGACCCUUCUUUUUAAAUCUGUCGGGUUUAAGUCCUCCAACUUUAGGAAGGUGCAAUAUCAAAACACAGGAGAAUCCGUUAAAACCUUGCUGCAAUCCUUGCUUUAUAAAAUGAAAAUAAAUAUAUGGAAAGAGGAGUGUGAUGUGCUCUCUAUCUAUCGUAAAGAGAGUUUUUCACUUUUGAGUGCUUACCUUUUUUUUAUCUACUUUGUCCUUCCUUAACUCAGGUUUAGAUCAUCAAGAACCUCAUCCCACCAAUCCCACCUGGUCUCCUGAGGAGCUCUUAGCCACCUCCGUCCCCUCAUCCACCUCGAAGGCAGCAGUCAUGAACUGGUCUGCUUUGGAGAGCCUCAUCAGUGGGGUCAACAAGUACUCCACUGUGUUCGGCCGCGUGUGGCUGUCCAUGGUCUUCGUCUUCCGGGUGAUGGUGUUCGUGGUGGCGGCCCAGCGGGUGUGGGGCGACGAGAACAAGGACUUUGUCUGUAACACGGCCCAGCCGGGCUGCAACAACGUGUGCUACGACCACCUCUUCCCCAUCUCCCACAUCCGCCUGUGGGCCCUGCAGCUCAUCUUUGUCACCUGCCCGUCGCUGAUGGUGGUGGGGCACGUCAAGUAUCGCGAGAAGAAGGACAUGCAGUACACCACCUCGCACAAGGGCGUCCAUUUGUACGCCAAUCCCGGGAAGAAACGUGGGGGGCUGUGGUGGACGUACCUGGUGAGUCUGAUUUUCAAGGCCGGCUUUGAUACAGGCUUCCUCUACAUCCUGUACCACGUCUACGAAGGCUACGACAUGCCCCGCCUGUCCAAGUGCUCUCUGGCGCCGUGCCCCAACACGGUGGACUGCUACAUAUCACGGCCCACUGAGAAGAAGAUCUUCACCAUCUUCAUGGUGGUCUCCUCUGCCUUAUGCAUCUUAAUGUGCAUCUGUGAGAUGGUUUACCUCAUCUGCAAACGCAUCCAGAAACUCAUGAAGAAGAAGACCGAUACAGAUAGGAAGCUGUUCGCCGAGAGUCACGAGAUGUCGCCGCUGGCUAAACCCAGGUCACAGUUCAGGUCCAAAACAUCAAUCAGAGUGGAUCCUACAGCCUCCAUCCAAAAUCUCAGUAACACCAAGAUAGAGGAGAAGCCAUCUAAGAAAAGAUGAUGCACAAUACGGCAGUGGCCAUGUUGAAAAACUGCGUAAAGUACUGAAGGGGCCACUGCAAUCAAAUGCAUUCAUCAAACUCCAUGAGAAACUGUUGCUCAACACCAAAGAGAUAUCCAUCAAUUCAGGGAUUUCUGUGGCAGCUUUUUAUAUACUGUAUAUUAUCAUGUCUGCAGGAAUGCACGCCUUAUACAAAUUAACCCCUCAAAAUGGAAGAUUACAGAGGAAGUUAAAGGGUUUUGAAUAGUUUAUGGAAAUUGGUGCGUGUGUGUGAAAGAGAGAG